GAUUGAUACAAUCAAAUCUCAUCAGUGCUUUGGAACAUUUCUUGAUUUUCUCACGAUUACCUCCCGUCCACCAAAAUUUCACCUUCACAUCUCGACACAAACAAGUAGCUCUUCGAGGAUCGCACCGGUAUCAAACAAUUCAAGAUGUCGGACGUAGAAGAGAACAACGCACCCGAUGCCCCCGAGGAGGUCGAAGUCUCAGCAGAUGCCUCCAAGGGCCAGAUGUCCGUUCUAGACGCUCUUAAGGGUGUUCUAAAACUUGCGCUCAUGCACGACGGUCUUGCCCGAGGUCUCCGCGAAGCAUCCAAGGCCCUCGACCGACGCCAAGCACACAUGUGUGUCCUCAACGAGUCCUGCGAAGAGGAGGCCUAUAAGAAGCUCGUCAUCGCGCUCUGUUCCGAACAUAAGAUUCCUCUGAUCAAGGUCCCUGAUGGCAAGCAACUGGGCGAGUGGGCCGGUCUCUGCGUCUUGGACCGAGAAGGUAAUGCUCGCAAGGUAGUCAACUGCUCUUGCGUAGUAGUUAAGGACUGGGGUGAGGAGUCGACCGAGCGAUCCAUCCUCCUGAACUACUUCCAAACCGAACAGUAAAGGGGAUCUUCAUAGGCGUUGCGCGGGGAUAUUAGACAGUGGAUCGGGAUGAUUUUCACGACAUCCUCUACGGACCCUUGAAAUGUACUCUACUGGCGAUUUCAGCUGGCAAAGGUGCUGAAAAAAUAGGGGUACCAUACUGCAUCGGAAAGGAAAAUUCUGCAUUACAACAUGCUCCGCGAAACCUCUCAUCUCAACUGUGAUAUGCUUCUACUGAGUAAACUGUGGUGGACUUGGUAGUCUGGGUAUCUUGAAUAUCUCAUCUGUAACCUUCUACCACGAUAAGGUGGUAUCCGAAAGCUGUCUUGGCCUGUCCGAUGAAGAGGUUGCUACCUUUGCUCUCCUGAAGAACGAAAGCAACCUUUUCAAACUCAGGCGCCAGCUGACCUUUACGUUGCCAACCAAGGAGACCGCCUAGUACCUCUAAGUUAGCCUAUGAAAGUGAUAUGCCUACCUAGUAGACAGUAAGCUGUACGAAUGUGAUAGGUAAACCAUACCUUGCUUUGCUUUAUCCUCAC